GAGGAGGUGACAGCCACGUGGAGCAGGAGACAGCCACACGGAGGAGACAGCCACCACGCCGCCGGCGGCUCUGCACGUGUGCGCACGCGGCUUCCAUCAACCAGACGGCGCCGCGCCACUGCGAGUCCCGUAAACCCGGACUCAUCGCCUUAAAGACGAACCACCCGAUACCAAUCCGACUAACGGCGAUCAGCCCAUGGAGCUCCGCGUCAUCUGCUGCUGCCUCGCGACGCUCCUGGCCUCGACUCUGUGCGCGCCGGAGCCAAAGACCGGGUUCGUGUGGCCCAGGGACCCAGCGGUGCUGCAGGAAUCGGAGAAACCUUGGCCUUGGAACCCCACGGGGACCCCACCGCCACCGCCGUCGGCAUCGCCACCACCGCUGCGCUCCCAUCAGCCAGCGGCACGCCGCAAGCGCUGCUCGUGCGCCUCGGUGCUGGACCGCGAGUGCGUGUUCUUCUGCCACCUCGACAUCAUCUGGAUCGACACGCCCAGGUGAGACGGCGCGACCCUGGCAAUGAUCCGUUCGCGGCUAUGAGAUG